UCCUUGUGGGAUUUUGGAAGGGAGAUUGCCGUGAUCUCUCCAUUUCAAAAUGCGUUCUUUUACGAGCCUUUCCUUGUGUUUUCUCCGCCAUCUUGGAAUCCUGCGCGCUCGACCUAGUCCCCGCGCGUCUCUUCGAAAUUUUGUCUCAGUUUUUGAGAAGAAAUUUAAAAGUUUUGUCUUCAAAUUUUAUCUCAAAAAAAAGUGUAAAAUUAGAAGAAAAAGGCUGGAUUUAUUUUAUAUAUAUUUAUUGGUUUUGUACAUGUUAAAUAUUGCUAAAAAGAUGGCUGCAAACUUUACUGUGAAGCCAACUGCAAGGCAUACUGCCACGAGAUGUUAUGUUGGUCUUUGUGUUUUGUUUGUUGGAGUUCCUAUCGUGUCAAAUUAGCCAUUUCAGUCAAGAAAUUCCCUUCUGCUGCAGGCAAAUGUAAUAUUCUUACAUGGUCUUGGAGAUAAUGGCUAUGGUUGGUCCGAAGGCUUCUCGGCAAUCAAAGAGCCUCAUAUCAAAUAUGUCUUCCCAAAUGCCCCAGUCAUGCCUGUUACAUUAAAUGGUGGAUUAAUGAUGCCGUCAUGGUUUGAUCUUUAUUCUCUUACACCAACUGGCAAAGAAGAUGAAGCUGGAAUAAAAAAAGCCGCUGAUAAAUUAAAAGGUUUGAUUGCUGAGGAAGAGAAACUAGUGCCAUGCAAUAGAAUUAUCAUUGGUGGAUUUUCUCAAGGUGGUGCAGUAUCAAUGUACACAGCUCUGACAUUAGAUAAACAAUUGGGCGGACUUCUCUGCCUUAGUACAUGGCUACCCUUACAUAAAACUUUCCCAAAGGCAUUGAAAUGGCAUUCAAGUACACCAGUAUUGCAGUGUCAUGGUGAAGCUGAUCCAAUGGUACCAUUUUCCUUUGGAAAAAUGUCUUCUGACCUUAUCAAAUCCUUAGGCAGUUCAAACAAUGAAUUCAAAACAUAUCCUGGACUUGGGCAUAGCUCCAAUGAACAGGAAAUGUCAGAUAUAAAAGAAUGGAUUUCAGGAGUCCUCCCAUCAAAAGAUUGACUAUUUAAAUCCCAGUUGUGACUCCAGUCUUGAUGUGUUUCAAAAAAUCCUCCUGAAGUGAUUGAAGAUUCCAGGAAAUUGUCAUGUACAAAUCUGACUUUCUAAUUUUGCUAUUGGUAUUUUGCAAUGUCUGAAUUUAUUGUCAGAAAUCAAAUCGUUUUUGGUUACUUUAGGCAAUGUACUGUACUAAGAGUUUUCAUCACUUUACACUUUUUAAAAGGCAAUAGCCCUCUCAUGAACUUCAUAAAAAAUCCUGAAUCUUAUUGAUACCUCGUCCUGCAAUUGUGAAAGAAUUGGUUACAAUUGAAACUGAUGGUCGGAUGGAAUAAAACACAAAUCUAAUAUACACAAUUAUUAUCAUAAAAUUAUCCUAGCCCUAGGUAUUUCUUUAAAAAUAUUUACUAAAUUGAGCGCUUAUUGUACAUAUUUCUUAAUUAUCUGACCCAG